AUGGAGUACAUGGCUAGAAGCAGCGAUAUAUUACUGCGGCAAUACAAAAAAUUUUGCGAAGUUAUAAAUAUGUUAAAUGUAGAAGAUGCAGUAUCCAUCAAACAUGUAAAAAAACUUGUGCAAGAAUCAACAUUAGAAGUAUUUGCUGAUCACUCGUUUUUUGUCAAAUCAACUACUCGAUGGAAAAUUUUAAUGGAUACAUUAAAAAUUUCAUUGAAAGGUCAUUCAGAUACCAGAUGGGCUUCAAAAGCACAAGCUGUUAAGGCAAUGAACUCCCAAAUAAAAGAAGUAUUUAAGGAAAUUCGUGACACAACCAUGGAAGAUAAUUUUACAAAUGCUACAAAAGUUGCAGAAGAAUUACAAAUAUCGACAACUUUAAAGGAAUCAAGAACAAAAAAAAGAAAAAGAUUAGAACUUUAUGAAACAGAUGAUGACAUGAUAAAUAUUUCUGCAGAACAAAACUUUCGAAUUACUAUUAUAGACUCAAUAGAUAUUCUUCUUACUCAGAUGACAUGGCGAUUAAAAUAUAAUGAAGAUAUAAAUACUGCGGAAAUAGUUGAAGAAAUUAAAGAUUUCAAACAUGCAGCUUUAUCAAUUUUGCCAAGUAUUGAAUUAGUUACGUUUUUGGAUUUAUUACAAAUGAUUCACGAUUAUAAGCUUAAAGAAUCGCAUCCAAAUAUUGAAAUGGCUAUAAGGAUUUUUCUCUCAAUACCCGUUACAACAGCUUCAUGUGAAAGGAGUUUCAGCAAACUUAAAUUGAUAAAAACAUACUUAAGAUCAACAAUGGCAGAAGAGAGAUUAUCAAGCAUGGCCAUACUUUCAAUAGAAACAGAAAUCGCUAGUAAAUUGGAUUACGAAGAAGUUAUUGACAAAUUUGCCGACACAAAAGCAAGGAAAAUAUCGUUAUAAAUAAUGAUUAUUUUAUUUUUAUUAUUAUUAAUUAUUAUUUUGA